AUGGCCUGUGUGCCAAACUAUGAUGAUCCUAUCCGCGACUAUGUAAUCUACUUUCACUGCCUUGCGUUAGUGAUAGCUAGUCUUGGUGGACUCAUCACUGAAGGAUGGCAUACAUGGAUCAUGGAGAUGGAGAUCAUCAUGAGGAAUAGUUCGAUGGAGAUGGAGAUCCCCAAAGGAACAUUGGGCUAUACCAUGUCAUAUCUCUGUGUUAAUGCCGUUCUUACUAUAUUCUACUUUCACGUGUCUUGUACAAUCGGUGGUGGGUCUAUGAAAUUAGGGUGCCACUGGUUGUCCUUGACUAGACAGAUCCGCAACCUGAGAAUUGUUCUCAGGACAGAGAAAAAGGAAGAAAUUCUAGACACCCCAUUACCAGAUGAGCCUGCUGAUAAUGCACCUGCUGUAGAGAAAAAUGCUUACAAGAAAGCAUGUGAUGCUGAUCUUGAAACUCAAGCCAGGACUAAAAGGUUCAAUGUCUCAAAUGCUUUUGCUGAAACCAAGCUAGCAGAGGGUGCAGCAGUUGGGCCACAUGUGAUCAAAAUGGUUGGUUACACUCAGAGGUUGGAGAAGUUGGGCUUCCCAAUUGGCCCUGAAUUAGCUACUGAUUUUAUUCUCGCGUCUCUUCCGCCCAGCUAUGGAAAUUUUGUUGCAAACUACCAUAUGCAUGGGGCGGAGAAGGGCUUGAAUGAGUUAUGUGGCGUGCUUAAAACAGCAGAGGCUGACAUCAAGAAAGGUGCUGGCAGUAGCCAUGUGAUGGCGGUCCAAAACAAGCCUAAGUUUAAGAAGAAGGGCAAUUCUUGGAAGAAGAAAAAGGGCAAGGCUAAAGAUGAGAUCUCUAAGCCAAACCCACCUGCACCCAAGGCUAGACCACCUGCUGAUGCUGAGUGCUUUCAUUGUCAUGGGAAAGGUCACUGGAAGAGGAACUGCAAGCUGUACCUAGAAUCCAUUAAGGAUCGUGGCAGUAAAGGUCAUAUAAGUGAGAAUCACAUGAAGAGGCUCCAUUCUAAUGGGCUUUUAACUUCGUUUGAUUUUGAAUCAUACGAGACAUGUGAGGCUUGCCUGCUGGAUAAACUAACACCCAAAUCAGACAAAUGCUUUUUCGUGGGAUAUCCGAAGGAAACUUUAGGGUAUUACUUCUACAACCGAUCAGAGGGCAAAGUGUUUGUUGCUCGGAAUAGUGUUUUCUUAGAGAAAGAGUUUCUCAAAAGAGAGAAAAGUCGACAUAAGGUGUAUCUUGAAGAAGUUCAAGAUGAUCCAGUUGAGAAGGACUCUACGAGUGAUGCUAAUGUAGCAGAACAAGUUGAGAUACCCGUGGCAAUAGAAACACCACCACAACCAUGA